AAACCUUUUCUUCAGUAUUAUCGUUCCACGUACCUUUGACACAUUUUUUCGGAACUCUUGUAACAGGCAUUAUAAAUUAAAAUCAAAACACAACCUAGUAUACAAAUGAGCAGCGUUGGCGAGGAUUGCAACGAGCUGAAGCAGCAGUACGACGCCUGUUUCAACAGCUGGUUUUCGGAGCGGUUCCUAAAAGGUCAAACGGAUGACUCAGCGUGUGCUCCGAUUUUCCGGAUUUAUCAGGAAUGCGUCAAGCGCGCUAUUAAGGAGAAGAAGAUCGACUUGCGGGAGAUAGACCCGAUCUUUGAAACUGGUCUUGAAGAGGAUAACGCCAAUAGAUCUGGUGGAAAACAGCAGGCUGGCAAGAGCUGACCCCGUAAGCGCUCUAUAAAGACAUUCUAAUCCUCUCCAGCUUUCUUUGGCUGCACCAUUUCGUAGUACUUCGGCUGUUGAAAGAAUCAUUACGGAGCAUGGACAUCUGUGUUGGUUCUUACCAGAGUGCCUUUAUUAAAAUAAAUUAGUUGUUCUUAUAGAAUUGAA